UUUCAAACCCAUUAGUGCUUAACUUGCAAAUCAAAAUUAUAUCCUUAGUUAGUGACAACCAUACAAUUCAAAAAUGGCUACAAUCGAAAAGUUGGAGACUGAAGUGAAGAUCAACUCUCCUGCAGAAAGCUUCUUUCAGGCAUAUAGAGAAAAGGCACAUCUUAUUCCAAAGAGCGCUCGUGAUAACAUUCAUUACGUUGCUGCUCAUGAAGGUGACUUGAAGAGCCAUGGCUCUAUCAAGGAGUGGCACUACAGCACAGAUGGAAAGAUUGAGGCACUGAAGGGAAGGAUUGAAGUGGAUGAAGAGAACCUGACUAUAACUUCAGUGGCAAUGGAAGGGGAUGUCUUCAAGCACUACAAAAGCUUUAAAACAAUCCUUCAAGUUAUUCCAAAAGACGAGGGGGGUUUGGUUAAGUGGACAUGGGAAUACGAGAAGUCGGAUGAGAAUGCCCCUGCUCCGAACAAGUUCAUAACCAUAGCGGGGAAUAUCACCAAGGAUAUUGAUUCACACAUCUUCCCUGAGUAAACAUAAUUAAUCCAGUCUAUAUGUGAGUGUGUGUGUGUUUUUACGUAAGCCCUACUGUUGGCUGCUCUAUGUAGCCUAACUAGUAGUACGUACCAUGUCUUGUCAACUUUGUGGGUAAUUAAGUUGUGUUUAUUUGAUAAUUUGUGUGCUAGCUACAAGCUAGGGCCAUUGUCGACCUAAUAAGCUACUGUGAUAUACAGGUCAAUGAUUAUGACUAUUUGUACUAAAACGAAGUAUCUAUAUAGUUUAUGUGUUUUGUCA